AUGCCAGAACCUCUAAUCCCGUUGGAUCCGGAUGGGAAAGACUUUGCAGAAUUGAUGGCAGUGAAGAGGCUCGAUGAGAACACAUUCAGGUCAAUCGCGAAGCCAUGUCCUAACGUUACCAAACCUAUCAACGGAACAAUGCACCACACAACGUUCGGAGGCCACGUUUACGCCCAGUCCGCAUGGGCUGCUGCGCAGACGGUCGGGGAAGGAUUUCUAAUUCAUAAUACAUCGGGGUACUUCAUCGGCCCCGGCUUCAGUGCAUUCCCAUUCAUCUACAAAAUUCUUCGCAUUCGGGACGGAAAGUACUUUGCAGCCCGCUCAGUCACCGUCACGCAACCAAGCUCGCCAUUCCCUGACAGCAUCGUCUUCACCGCCCUCAUAUCCUUCAAGGUUCCCGAGAGUUUGGCCUCCAAACUGCUUUCCUACCAAAACACAUCGCACCCGCCCCCACUCACCAGCUUCGCCGACAUCCUGAGCGCCACUCACCCGCGCGACCUCCCUGUCAAGAAGUACAACGAUCUGGCGUCUGUCAUCCUCGAGAACAGCAUGCAGCCGUGCCGCAGCCCCAGCAUGUCCGGUAUAUGGUGGGCGCAACUACCGUACACGCACCGCGAGACUCUUGGCGCGCCGGCAGCCGAGCACUGGGACCCCCGGCCGGCAGCGCGGCGGUCGGCCAACCCGUACACGGUGAGUGGCAACGUCUCGCUGGGCGGGGCCAACUCGACAGCGCGGUCGAUCAACCUGUCCAUCUGCGUGCACAUCUUCGCGAGCGACCGCGAGUCGCUCUUCUUCGCUUCUCGCCAUCUGGGGGUGCACGCCCGCGUGUUGACUCCGGCGGCUGCCAUCACGAGUCUGAGCCACACCGUCGUGCUGCAUGAGGUCGGCGACGCCGUGACUUUUCCUGACGCCGUCGUUGCUGGCACACGGAGGAAGGAGAAGGAGAGACGGUUUUGCCAAGAGGUAUUCACGGAUCGAUGGGCGGAUGGUCGAGUCUUGGUCCACGGGAAGAUUUACGACGUUGAUACUGGAGUGCACGUCGCAACCACAAUGCAGGAAGGUAUCUUAAAGCCAGAUCUCAAGUAUGACAACGAGGGAGUGGAGACAUUGAGAAACGCGUUGUUGACGGGUGCAGUAUCAAGAAGGCCGAGAGGUAUUUCGAAGAUGUAG